CUCUGAUCUUGCAGCCUGUCUACAGUCGUGAGAGAAACCUAGGCUUGUUCUUAUUGUCUUCUUGGCUGCUGUUGGUUCUGUGGUCUCUACAGACGAUCCUACGCUGCUUCCGUAAUAUCAAUAAUGUCACCGAAAAAUGGCAAGCCCAACUUAAGCCAUUCCCAGGUAUCUGAGAUUGUGAAGAGGCUCUACCGGCUGACUGCAUCAGUGAUUAAGUCUCUGCCCAGUUAUGAUGACCAGAACUUCUAUGUGGCGCCCAGUGAGGGUGGCGAGUAUAUCCUGAAGAUAAUGAACUCAGAGGACAGCAAGAAUACCUUGCUGAUUGAGGUGCAGACAUACACCAUGUCCUUCCUACAACAGAAUGGAAUUCCUGCUCAAACCGCGCUGCCCAACACCUCAGGAGAGCGAAUGAGUCUGGAGGAAAUUGAUUGUGGUUUUGGCAGUCAGAAGUACCUGGUGAGACUGUUGACCUAUUUGCCUGGGACAACCAUCUCCAAGGUUCCUUCAACUACACAGCUGCUGUAUGAAAUGGGGAAAACUGCAGCUAAAAUGGACACAGUCAUUAAAAAGAUGAAACACCCUCAUCUUCACGUGCUGGACAGAGAGGGCUUCAAAUGGAGUCUGUCAAAUGUUGCCCUCCUGGAAGAUUACCUCUAUGUGUUAGACGGAGAGCCUCUGCUGGAGGUUGUGAAGUCUGUAAUCCAAGCGUACAAGAGCUCUGUGGAUCCCAAACGCUCUAGUUUUCGCAAAUGCAUUAACCAUGGCGACUUCAAUGACCUCAAUGUCCUCGUACAGCCUAAUGAAAAAGAAGGCUAUAGGAUCACCGGUAUUCUGGACUUUGGCGACAUGAAUAGUGGCUACUACAUCCAUGAGCUUGCAAUCACCGUCAUGUACAUGAUGAUUGAGCACCCUAAACCCAUCGAGGUGGGUGGACCCGUCCUUGCUGGCUGGGAAAGCGUCCUUCCUCUCAAUGAGGUGGAGAAAGAUUGUCUAUAUUUGCUGGUGCUGUCCCGCUUUUGCCAGUCCUUACUUAUAGCUCGUUACUCUGUGACCUUGCAGCCAGAAAAUGAAGAGUAUCUGAUGAUUUCAUCCAGAAAGGGUGUUAACAUUCUCCAGCAGCUCUGGGAGUUAGGAAAGGAGCAGGUGGAGAAGCUGUGGUUUGAGACUGCUGCUCAGCUCAGUGACAAAAGUGAAAGACAGGAACAAACGCAUUCAUGAAGGCAGUGACUCCACCGAGCGACAAUUUGUCCAAAAAAAACGAAGAUUGUGUUUCCACAGUUAAAACAGUUUAUCUUUUAAACUUGUUUUAUUUCAGAAAGAACAACAAGGAAUGUCAAAGUGUUUCAAUCAAGCUAGAGGAGUGUAUAAUGUGUCUGAGAAGAACUUUAGAUACUGUUGUGGAAUAAGGGAAAUAUUUUACUGCUACUCAUACUCAUCAUUAUUACCAUUGCAUUAAUCAAAUUAAUUACAAUUGAGUGAAGGCCUGAAUGUAUCCGGCUUCUUGUUGCAUCGGAGUUUGCUUAGUAACAGGUGACAGAAGAUGGGCCAAAAAGGAGGACCAGUCCCUGGGAAACGUCAGAGCCUGAAUCCAUCGCCAUAUUUGGAGAAGAUGCUAGAGAGGGGAACUUCAGUGUCGGCAUUUAUCUCUUAAGAUUGCUCAUUGUCUAUAAAACAUGCAAAUGAUGUUCUUAAAAUACAAAUUAUGUUCCUGUACAACGCGAGAAGGGGCGUUAACCAACCCGGACGUUAUAAAAGCAAUCUGAAGUGUAUUUUUGGGCGGAGAUCUACAUCUGAUGUUUUGCAGUGUUCAUCUUCCCACACGUGUGUUCAAUAAACUCAUCUGUUUGA